GAUUAAAGAUGACGUCCCUGUUUGAUCAAGAAAUUCGCCUUUCUAAAAGACAUGAAGACAUAGUAUCACAAAGAUUAAUGUUACUUCAACAAAUGGAGAAUAAACUUGGAGAUCAAAACAAGGAAAAGACCCCUCAGAUGCAAACAGCUGAGACUGCUUUGCAAAGGAACCUUAGUCUUUUAAAGGAUAUAGAAGCGGCAGAGAAGUCUCUACAGACCCAGAAUCAUCCAGUUCCACCGCCUGAGGUGGCUUCUCUUGAGACUCUUUACUGGGCAUCAGUAGGAGAAUAUAUUCCCAAAUGGGAACAGUUUCUUUUAGGAAGAGCACCAUAUCCUAUUGGUGUUGAAAAUCCAAAUGAAGCAGAAGAUACCAUUCAAAAGGAGGUGCAGCAAUAG